AGGAGCCCGAGUGAAGCAGUAGUGAGGUACAAGGCUCACCAUCAUGGAGACCCUGUCAGAAGCCAAUGGCACCUUUGCCUUAAACCUUUUGAAAAAGCUGUGUGAAACCCACUCACAGAACAUAUUCUUUUCACCCGUCAGCAUCUCCUCGGCCCUGAGCAUGGUCUUCAUGGGGGCAAAGGGGAACACUGCUGCCCAGAUGUCCCAGGUGCUUUCACUGGAUAAAGUCGGAGGUGGAGGUGCAGAUGCGCACCAAGGCUUCCAGUGGCUUCUUUCUGAGGUCCACAAGCCCAGCACUCAGUACUUGCUGAGAACCGCCAACAGGCUCUUUGGAGAAAGGACUUAUGACUUCCUCUCAUCUUUUAAAGAUUCCUGCCGCACCUUCUACCAGGCAGACAUGGAGGAGCUGGACUUUGCUAAUGCUGCAGAGAAGUCCAGAGAGCACAUCAACUCCUGGGUGGCCGAGAAGACCGAAGGUAAAAUUACUGAGUCGCUCUCCUCGGAUUCAGUGGAUUCCUGCACGAAGCUGAUUCUUGUCAAUGCCAUCUACUUCAAAGGGAAGUGGGAUAAGCCAUUUUCCAAAGCGAGCACCCGGAAAAGUACCUUUAAAAUCAACCAGAAGGAGGAGAAACCCAUCCAGAUGAUGUUCCAGGAAUCUAUGGUGAAACUGACUUAUGUACAAGAAAUAUCCACUCAGAUUCUCAUGCUUCCCUAUGUUGGAAGGGAGCUAAAUAUGAUCAUCAUGCUUCCGGAUGAAAACAUUGAUUUAAAAAUGGUGGAAAAUGAACUUACUUAUGAGAGAUUCCUGGAAUGGACCAGGGAUGACAAAAUGGAUACAAGAGAAGUGGAUGUUUUUCUUCCUAGAUUUAAACUGGAGGAGAGUUAUGACCUGGAGAACUCCCUUCCCACGUUGGGCAUGGUUGAUGCCUUUGAUGAGGCCAGGGCAGACUUUUCUGGUAUGUCCCCCAAGAGGGACUUGUUUGUCUCCAAGGUGGCACACAAGGCUUUUGUGGAGGUCAACGAGGAAGGCACCGAGGCAGCAGCCACCACUGCUGUCAUGUUUCAACUGUACUGUGGAAGCAUCGCCCCAAGGUUCUGUGCCGACCACCCCUUCCUGUUCUUCAUCCAGCACACCAAGACCAACUGCAUCCUCUUCUGUGGACGGUUCUCCUCUCCGUAGGAAUCAUCAUCCUGGGAGGGAAGUCGCUACUGUCUUUCCCCUGCAGACCUACUUCUCCUUUAUCUACGACAUUACAUGGAGCCCAGAACCCAAA